AUGGAUUUAUCAGGAGCGCCGGUCCCGGUAGCUCUGUUAAGAGGCCAUACCCAUCCAGUCACGAGCUUACGAUUUUAUAACGCCUUUCUUGUUUCAGGAGACGAAAGUGGAUGGGUUUUCUGGUGGUCUUUAGUGACUCGUCGUCCGCUGGCCAUCUGGAAAGCUCACCAUGAGGCCAUCUUAUCUCUAGUUUGGAUGGAUGAGACACACCUGUUGACUCAGGGACGGGACGACAAGUUGUAUGUUUGGCGAUUGGAGUUGGAUGCACAGGGUAAGAGUGGUCUCAGUGUAAAGCCGCCGAGUUCACUGGUCGCCGAUGACCCUACCGACUACCCAAAACCCUGGCUGACUUAUUCACUGACUGUCAAUUCUCUCAACUUCUGCCAAGUGGCAUGGGUCAAUGGAUUGCUGGCCAAACCGGAUCUGGACAGCUCAGACAAAGUCGAGUUGUUGGAGUGGACUGAUGGCGCAUUUCGAGUUGUUUGGAACGACAUUUACCCUCGUCUGAACGGAAUUAAGACGGGCAUUGUGAUGGACCUGAAUAUCAUGAACAAGAAACUUAUAGUGGGAUACGAAGGAGGAGCUGUGGCUGUAUUUGACAUCUCCGACAGAAACAGAUACACGCCAGUGCUCAACUACUACGUGGUCAGUCACGUGCAACCGGUCUUGUCGGUCAGAGCUCAUCCUACCAAGAAGGAGUUUGUGUCUUCUUCAGCGGAUUCUCUUAUAGUCAAGCACCCUAUCAAAGACCAGGUAGUUCCUGAAGAAGAGAUGGAGGAGCCUGAACCGGCAAAGAACUCUGAGAGACCCCCGUCGCCCAAGAUUGUCGAAGUGGAGGACUCGCCUGAGCUUGAACCUCCCAAAAAUGUGGUACGAGGGUUCGACGUUCCUGGUCUCGAACUGGAAGAAGGUAUUGAAGUGAAGGAGGAAGAGAAACCGGAAUCAAAACCAUUGGAUGCCGUCAAUGUGCGGCAUUCAGGUCUGUCUUCUCUCCAACUCGAUUCGGACGGAGACCUGAUCAUGACAGCAGGUUGGGACGGAAAAGUACGACUCUUUACUUACGACGAUAUAUCCAAGGUCAGUGUGUUCCACGAACGAGAGGGGGUGGGAUGCGUGGCCUUUUCCACGCCUACAACAAGUGACACUGCGAAUCCCAGACUGGCUAAAGCUCUAACUACAAGAUGGAUUGCAGUAGGAGGAAAGGAUGGAAAGAUCGAACUGUACACGAUUCAGCAAGGCAACGAGAAAACGCUAGGCGAAGGACGGUCCAAGUACAUACGACAUUAA